AUGGCCAGUUGCGAACUGACACUUGGACGUACCAUCACGCAAAUGCUUGACGUAAUUCUUGGUCUCAUGGGGGCCGCGGGGUUUGUGGCAGGCCUGGUUAUUAUUUGUAACCUCGCCCCAAGGUUCGUACCUAAGGCUCAGUCAGCAACUUUAGGAUAUCUCGCAGAAGCUAAACUUCAGACGCUUGAUGGAAAGGAAACAAUUUUUACGGAGGCCCAGGGACUUUCAACUCUGUUGCCAGAGAUGGAGGCUCGAGGCGUCCGCCUACACGCAGUGGUCCACCAAAAAUUUGGAGCCAGUGAAUUUAAACCUUUUCUCCAAGGAGGAGAGGUUUAUUUGGAUCUUGAGCGCAAGUUUUAUGGGCCACAAGAAAGGUGGAUGAAUAUUCCUGGCAUUUUCACUUUUCAAACACUUGCACUUGUCAUCAAACAGAUCUACAUGGGAACACCAGGAAACUUCAGAGGCGAGGGAAGAUUACUUGGAGGAUUAUUCGUUAUUGGACCAGGUGACCAAGGAAUAAUUUUUCAACAUCAAGAGUAUCCAAUCGGAGGUCGUUCUGACAUCGAACGUGCUCGGGAAGCGACCCAGAAAGUUACUAGUAAUCAUUCAACUGGUGACAUGCUUUUUAAGAUCAAUGUUAAUGACAUGUAG